UUUUCAGGCUAUUAAAUUGGACAAACAAUGGAUGAGGUGGCGAACGCGUUGGCAGUCAGCCAAACAAUGAUGGAAAAAAUGCAAAAAUUAGAGAUAUCGAAGAACUACGAUGUUGAGAAAUUCGAAACUCUAUUGAGACUGCCAGCUCGAGAUGUGAACACUUUUAUGGAGAAGGAAGCAAAGAAAACAGAUGAUGAGAAAAUGACAGAUAUGGACAGACGAAUCAAACGAAUUCGAGAAGAUAAAACUGAUCGGGCUGCACGAACUCUUCAGAAAUAUUUUCGAAAAAUUCGAGUCAAAGGAGAGCAGAAUCAUAUAAACAAGAGGAUUUCAAAAAUUCCAGCAAAAAGAAGAGUUGUUCUACUUGAACAAAUUCGUCAGAAAAUGGGUGAGCAGCAGCCAAUUCGACGAUUUGGAGGUUAUCAGGUUAUUCGAGCUGUAGAAUUGCACAAGGGAAAACAGAAACUACAGAAGGAUUGGCUUGCUAAAUUAUCAAUUGAUGUCAAUUUUCAUGAUAAGAAUCUGUCUAGACCAAAUUCCCCGACACAUUUCAUAGCAAAUUCGAUUCCUACUUUAAUUCGUAAAAAAGCAGAGAUGAAGCACGCAGAGAAGAUGCAGGAAAUUGAUUCAUCAAUUAUGGACAUCUAUUGUGGUUUUCAAAAAGAUAAUCUUCACUGAUCUCAAUUCUCGUAACCUUCAAUCUUUCAUUCCAAUCAACUCAUUUCAUUCCUACAUUGUGAUAUAUACUUUCAUACAGCUAAAAAUGAAUAAAUAUUCCCGUUUUAAU